CACUUGGCUGUGUGUAAAGAAUGCUGCUUGGAGUCCUUGUUACUGAUCCACACGUUGCACAGCAGCCUCUCCACAUGUUUGCAGUAGAACAUGUGCCGGAACAACAUCUGGUACCUCGUCAGCGCCUUCCUGCUCGGCAUCAUCAUCAUCAACAUCAUCACUUUUACCAUCAUCACCAUGGAAUGUCAUGUGACCUGUUGAUGAUGAGCGAGAGUGGCCAUUUGACGAUGUAGUCGAAGGAGAAGGCCUCCAGGCCGCUGAGGGCGGCAUCUGCAGUCUCCGCAUUGACGAUGCUCUUUUCCUGCUUGGUCUCGAUGGCCAGCACCCUCAGCAGCUGGGUGAUGACAUCAUGAGGCAUCAGGUCGAUCUGCACACAAAAGCCAACGUGCUUCUAGAGCUGCUCCAGACACCACAUGAACGUUCACUAAAAUGUGGACCUGCUGACCUUUAGGUCGUCUUUAAAAGGGUCGGUGUUGGCUGUGCUCAUGCGGAGUGCCAAUUCCAGGAGAGCUUCCAGUCUGGGAGGCACAAUGUCAUCCACGGGCUUCCUCAGCUCGUCCUCUGUGAGGUCCAUGAAGUGGACGAAGAAGUCCCCUUUAUCCAUCAGGAAGUAAUGUUUGAUGGAUCUACAGGCAGAAAGAGGAAUAGAGGAAGUCUGUGUGUGAGAGAGAGAGAGAGAGAGAGGGAAUUGUGGGUCAGUACCUGAGACGCGACACAAGCUCCUUCUCCUCCAUCAGGAAGUCCAGAAGAACCUUGCUGGCGUAGUUGAAGGCCUUCUCUAUCUGCUCCACAUAGGCGCGCUCCUUCAGCGUGUACAGUACCUCCUUGGCGUCAGGACAGGUGACGUCGCGGCCGCACUCGCGCACCACGUUCAGGUAUUUUCCUGCCACACAUACGCACUGACGUAGUUCAGCCCACCUUUGGAGCGUUCCUCCGCCCAGAACAUUUGGAAGAUUACCUGUGCUGAGGAUCUUGUCCGCCAUCUUCUGCAGGAAGGAGGGAAUGCGGUGCUGCACGACCGUGUACCUCUGGUCCCAGUACUUGUCGUUGUAGUCUUCUUGGAUCUUCUCCUUCUGCAGCUCAUGUUCCUCCACCAUGAACUCACUGCACACACCAAGACACAGACGUCCACACGGAGCUCCACCAAGCCCCGCCUCUCACCUCACCCCCUGACAUUACCUGUAGGGGUCCCUGAUGAUACCCCUGUAGAUCCACUUCUCCAGGAUCUCAAAGUAGGGGACGCUGGCGGCCUUGGUGAGGUAGAGACACACUUCCUGGGCCUGAGCGUCACCCGUGAAGUUGAAGGUGCGGUCGUGAAGAAGACUCAGCGUUGCUCCGCCCAUACACUCGCCUUUAUCCACAGAUGAUGCUAACGCACAUGGACAAGAAGUCAGAAGGGGGAGAGCUCACCUGAUGGAGGUAGGUGACCUACCGACAGAGGCCAGGAUCUCCAUGGUCCUCAUGGUGGGCUGGAUGUAGAACCAGAGCUUCUGCAGAGACAGCGUUCCUUGUCUGUGCACAUGCUCCAGUUGCGUGACCAGGAUCAGGUACUCCUUCAUCAGUGUGCGCAUGGCCGCUGUCAGAGCGUGGUUAACCUGGCCGUACUCGAAGGACGACUUCUCCUCGAUGAAGCUGGAGGUCAAACACCGCGUCAGCUUCUUCUUCCUACAAGACCUGAUGCGUAGGGACCAACUGACCGUGUGACGGUGGAGUAAUACGACGCCACGGGUAAGAUCCGGUUCACCAGCUCCUUGACGGACGUGUCCAGCGUGGCGUCUACGAUGAACGAACGGUUCUGGCGACCCAAAACCGGUUGAGCCGUCACGUCUCGUCCGUCCACACCGACCAGGACGAAGAGCAGAUCUUCUAGCACGACUUGCUCCUGAGCGGCCAGCGACAUGGUGCCUGCAGGCCCAUCGCCAUGUUAGACACGCCCACAACGCACACACACCCACUCACUCACUCACCCACUGAUACAGCCUGAUCGGCGGAAGGGGUGUGGCCGGCAAUAAAGUCCCCCACCAGGGCGGGUCGCUCGUACACCCAACUGGGGAAGACAGGACUGAGCUGACCCGGAUUCUUCUUGUUGUGUUUGUCUCGCAGCAUCUUCCUGGUGACUUCCGCUGACUGCGGACCAAUCAGACCAAAGCUCACAUUCCACAUCAAAACAAACAUGACGGAUGGGGGCGCAGUCACAUGUAUGCUCUCACCAUGGGAGCGCUGGAUGCUGCCGUCACGUUGCCGAGCUUCUUCCUCAGCUCGUCCAGCUCCUGCAUGGACAUUUUGGAGCUGCUGGUCACCACGCUCGGGCCGCUUGUGGUCGCAGUGGAGGCACACACCUCCGAGCGCUCUUUAGCGUUGUGCUGCAGACACUGGAGGGUCUGCAAGCACAAGAUGGUUCUUACUUCUGUGCUUACAUAAGAAGGUUCUUCUCGGCUUCCUGAGACUUACCUCCUUGUCCUCGCACAGUCUGGACAGUAGGUAGACCAGAGGGUCCAGGUAGCGGACAUUUUUCGACUUGAGCUCCUCGUACUUCCUCAGAAAGUCUUCUGGCGUUUUGGAAAACUCUGCUAGUUUGACCUGAGGAGAAACUUCACGUUCACGUCACGCUGCCCGGCCUGCUGCGUCACGUGAGGGCUCACCUUGGCGCUGUGGGCGGAGACUGUGGUGGUGACGUAAGGCGUCCUGUGUUUCUGCAGGCGGUCGAUGUAGCCUUCGGCUCCAUCGCCUCUUCGCACAUGAAGAAGGUUGAGCAGCUCGUUCACGUCGUGGUGGAUCCGAAACUCACUCAUGGCGCUGCAAGGACAGCCCCCACGUCAUCAUCUUCGUCACGCUAGCAUCUCAAUACGUCAUCUUCUCUCGGAGCCCAAGCGAGCUAUCAUGUUAACCAGAUUUGAGUCCAUCACAAAACUUACCAACAAAGAAGCUGCUGUCGGUUGUUGUGCCGUUCCAAACCCAAUGUCUGCAGUGCUCUGAGCCUUCUAGGACCUUCCCCUCACGUCCAUUAUCAUUUGUUCAAGGCGCCUUCGUCGAAUUCUUCUUCUACACUUCAUGUUAGGUUGACGACACUGCCCCCCAUAGGUGAUACAACAAGUGCCGACGUCAUCUAAUAGCCACUAAUAAACGUAAUAAACAACACUUUGUUGACUUUCACAAAAGGGCGAGCAGUCGGUUCUUGACACAAAUAGGUCAAAAUUACGAAGGAUGGUUGUCAGGAAUGGUUAGCAGGCUAGCGUGUUAGCCUUUAUUUUGAAAAGCCACACAGCGGAAGUAAACAGUAAUCACGUUACAACCCGGAAGAACUGCCUUUCUCCGAAGAAGGUUUGAAUAUGUCAGAAGGCCAAAUGUUUGAUUAAUGCCAUGUUGCUAAGUGCACGGUGUCGUUAGCGUGCGUGUUCAAGUCCUCCGCCGACCGUUAACCGUGCCUGAGUUUUUAGACGAGCACAUCAUGGCCGAGCUGCAUGCGGUCGAACCGAGCGGUACCAGUACCGUCGAGCAGGCGGAGCACCGCGACGUCCGCGGCUCGGUUCGCCUGCCCUCACCCAGCCUGAUGGUUCCGCCUCGGGCCAGUCAGCUCAGUCCCGCCGCCUCCACCCGGUCGGUGUUCGGCUUCCCGGUCAAGGGCAGCCCAACUUCCCCGUCCGAACCGGCGGACAAGCCGGGGUCGCGCUGGGUCCGUCUGAACGUCGGCGGGACGUACUUCAUCACCACUAAACAGACUAUGUGCAGGGACCCCAAGUCCUUCCUGUUUCGCCUGUGCCAAGAGGACCCCGACCUGGACUCUGACAAAGACCAGACGGGGGCCUAUCUGAUUGACAGGGACCCCACCUACUUUGGACCCAUCCUCAACUACCUGCGGCACGGAAAACUCAUCUUGGACAAGAACCUGGCCGAGGAAGGUGUUCUUGAAGAAGCUGAGUUCUACAACAUUGCCUCCCUGGUCCGCCUGGUCAAAGAACGCAUACGUGACAAUGAGAACCGCACAUCACAGGGGCCGGUCAAGCACGUCUAUCGCGUCCUGCAGUGCCAGGAGGAGGAGCUCACUCAGAUGGUCUCCACCAUGUCGGACGGAUGGAAGUUUGAGCAGCUGAUCAGCAUCGGCUCGUCGUACAAUUACGGGAACGAAGACCAGGCGGAGUUCCUGUGCGUCGUCUCCCGCGAGCUCAACAACUCCACCAAUGGCGUCGUCAUCGAGCCCACCGAGAAGGCCAAGAUCCUGCAGGAGCGAGGCUCCCGCAUGUGAGGAGACGUCCCUCCCACAAAGCAGAACUUUGACUUUCCCCCAGACCCCCAAUCGUCGUCAUCAUCAUCAUCAUGUCCUCUUGUGUGCCUUCCACCACGCUGGCCCCUCCCCCUCCGUCAUGGCGGUCUUCCUCAUGGCCGUGGUGCGCGCUGAUGUCGGGAUACUUCCUGCCCACGUCGGCACUUCUCACAAAUGGAAUGAGAGCGUUUCUUGUCCAACAGGAAGUGACUUGUGUCUGUCUCACGUAUCCAUGGCGACCUCUGGCGCAUGGGCUGCCACCCCUCCUCUAGCCAACAUACAGUCGCGUGGUCUGACACUGCGUGCUCCAGUCGAGACUUUGGACUAGCUCCGCCUCCUGUAGGCCUCCCCCAACCAAUCACAGCGCGUCUUAAACUUAGUAAAAGUUCCAUCAGUGAAAAUCAGGCCGUCUGGCCAUCGUCUUGAAAUGUUAACACACUUUGUGUGUAUGUGUGUGUGCGGCGCCUUUGGGGUGGGCGGGGCUUAAAAUGACAGUUGUCAGUCACAAUGUUAACAAAUACCUCCACUAACAUGCUAACAUGCUCACAGGUAGAAGUUCACCGUCUUGGUUGGGGGGGGGGGCAUCAGCAUGCCAGGUGGGAUUUCAUGGACAGAAAAAAAUGCAUGCAAGAUUUCUUGUACAGCAUGCUAACACGGCAGGAUUGUUAGCAUGUGUCGUCUGUUAGCAUCGCUGGCCGCUGCUUCACCUGCCGGACCAAACGGAGCGCUGAGCAGUUUUGAAAUUUACGGGUUAGCAAGUCGACUGCAAAAAAAGUAACUUGUGUUUUUUGUGCACAUGAGGAAACGAGCGCAUGAAAAGGUGUCGUGUUCUGGAAUAGUCCGUGUUGGUGAAACGUGUUGUGGUGCAUGGUGUGGGGAUUUGGGGGCUGUGUUGCUGUUCUAUUUAUCCUCACAUCUUCAUUGUUGGCUAACUGCCGUCAGGCCCUUCGGCUAAUUAUGCUAACAGGCGAUUAGCCUCCAAGCGACCAAUCAGAUGGCGCCAACGUCCCACAGAGAGUUGUGUUCAUUUCAGUCUGCAUGCCUUUUGUGCACGUGUGUUGACAGUAUUGUGAGACACCUUUUGUCUCCUUAAUUUAUUGCAGAUUUUGUCUACAAAUGUUGUUCUGUAACAUGUCUAACCAGAAGGCUCAUAAACACCGUCUGUCUUUGAAGACGCAUUCUGCACUUUUGACCCCACCCUUUUGUGAAAAUU